GCAAUAAUACAAAAAAAAAGCCAGUGAUGCAAGCUCAGGUUUUGUCUGCCAUUGUGAAUCGAGUAAAAAUAGUGAGGACAAUAAAAUACCGACAGAAGUAUAUAAUCGAUCUGAAACAUGCAGGCGCAGGAAGGGUGUGCGUUUCUGUUUUAAACACAAAAAGCGAUGAUUCCUCUUAUGAGCUAAGAAAUGGCCCAAUACAUAUCUACUCUACUUUUGGGUCCUGUUUCUGUUUUAUCAGUUUAACCAAUUUCGUUCUUUGGGAUGCAUCUAACAGAUCAUGGGCGGGUUCUUAUUCUUCAUGGCCUACGCUACAUGUAGAUGAACUAUCCAGUGGAUACACACCAAAUGGGAUUACAGCGUGUAAAUCAGGUGCCUUUUUAGUUAGUUUCUGGAACCAGCAGGUACAUGACCGCUCACUAGGUAAAGUUCUCAAGUUAUCAAAGAAAGGUCGUAAGCAAUUCGAAAUAGGCACAGACAAAAAUCGUCCCCUUUUUAUCUGCCCGUCCUACAUAACAGAAAACGGCAAUGGAGACAUCUGCGUUUCUGAUGUGAAUGCCGUGGUCGUCACGGACGCCGGGGGCUUUCUCAGAUUCCGUUACACAGGAGCACAAAGUGACCCUCAGUUUGAUCCAUACGGCAUCUGUUGUGAUUCCAAGAAUAACAUCAUUGUAGCGGACAUGGUGAGAAACAGAAUUCACUCGAUUGAUGAAAAUGGUGAACUGCUUCACUACAUUCAGUAUAAAGACAUGAACAUGCCACGAGCUCUCUGUAUAGACGAGCAUGACAACCUGUAUGUCGGGGAAUGGUUGUCUGAAAAAAUCAAAGUACUUUCACUACAAUGACUUAAAAAUUAUUUUAUCCAUAAAAGACUUCUUUUUAACAUUUUUUUCAUAUUAUGUGAUCGUAUUGUAUUGUACAAUUGGAUAAAUAUAUAAUAUUAUGUGCUUAAUAUUUUUAAAGUUCAUUUUAAUAAUUAAGCAUUUUUCUGUAUAUAAGUUGUAAUGUAAAAAUUUGUUAAACAUUUCAA